AUGCGGCGCUGUUCCGCCUCCGCAGACGUGCAAGAGAGCUGCUGCAAGAUCCUCAAGGAGCUGGCAGCCAUGAACGCGCAAAUGCGCGAGCACCUCCUCAAGGAGUCAGCGCUGGAGAUGGUAAUCAACGCCAUGAAGAACCACGUGCAGCAUGGGAGAGUACAGGUGGAUGGAAAUGGCGAGAGCCUCAGCAAAGGAGCGAGUGCAGUAUUCUGCUCGGACGAAGUCAGGGUCCAAGCUCUGUCGGUGGCCAUCCACGAACACGAUGUGCCGGAGGUGCAGAAGGCAGGGUCGGCUGCUCGCCAGCGCCUUGCCGUCCGCGGUUUCAGGCUCAGCCAGUUUCAGACGCAGCUGGUGCGGCCUUCCAUCGUGAAGCGACGUCGAAUGAUCUCACUCUCCUCCAUUCCGGAGUGA